AUGCCAUUUGAUGGUAGUUGGAAGGUUAACCGGAAUGAAAACUAUGACAAGUUCAUGGAAAAACUGGGUAUUAACGUGGUGAAAAGAAAGCUUGGAGCUCUUGACAAUUUGAAACUGACAAUUACACAAGAAGGAAACAAAUUCACAGUCACAGAAUCAAGCAAUUUUCGAACCAUUGAAAUUGUGUUUGAUCUUGGUGUCAGUUUUAAUUACUGCAUGGCGGAUGGAACUGAACUCAGUGGAAGCUGGAGCCUAGAGGGAAACAAACUUGUUGGAAAAUUCAAGCAAGUAGACAAUGGAAAUGAGUUGAAUACUGUCAGAGAAAUUAUCGGUGGUGAACUAGUCCAGGUGAACUUAGAAUAUGAAGGAGUAGAAGCCAAGAGGAUCUUUAAAAAGGAAUGA